UGAAAUAGUGAAGUCUCCUCCCCACCCUCCAUAAAAAACGGGGAAAUACAGUUGAGCAAUUAGGAGAAGAGAGGAUCUUAAGAUACACCUAAUUUUUUAACUUUGCAAAAGAAAUAACCUCUGGAACUGAAGCCUUCGGAAUUUAACUGAGAAGAUACAAGUGUUGCUGGAAUAAUUAUCCAUCAUCUUAGGCUGGGAGGACCUGAUUGGAUACAUGAGGAGAUUCAGCUUUAGAAGUGUGUGAAGGCUGUUACCACUUAACCUUAGAAUACUCGAAGUAGACACCAGGGGCCGGUUCUCUCCUCAGGUUAGCUCGAGAUGGCAGACCAGAGGCAACGCUCGCUCUCUACCUCUGGGGAAUCCCUUUACCACGUGCUGGGGCUGGACAAAAACGCCACUUCAGAUGAUAUCAAAAAGUCUUACAGGAAACUGGCAUUGAAAUAUCAUCCUGAUAAAAACCCUGAUAAUCCAGAGGCAGCAGAAAAAUUUAAAGAGAUCAAUAAUGCCCACGCAAUAUUGACUGACGCCACAAAGAGGAACAUUUACGAUAAGUAUGGGUCCCUGGGGCUCUAUGUAGCAGAGCAGUUUGGUGAAGAAAAUGUGAACACAUACUUCGUACUGUCCAGCUGGUGGGCAAAGGCCUUGUUUGUGUUCUGUGGGCUCAUCACAGCCUGCUACUGCUGCUGCUGUCUGUGCUGCUGCUGUAAUUGUUGCUGUGGGAAGUGUAAACCGAAACCUCCCGAAGGCGAAGAGCAGGAAUUCUAUGUCUCUCCAGAGGACUUGGAGGCACAGUUGCAGUCAGAUGAAAGGGAGGCCUCAGACGCACCUAUUGUGAUACAGCCAGCAUCAGCCACAGAGACAACCCAGCUCACAGUUGACUCUCACCCCAGCUACCACACUGAUGGAUUUAAUUAAGUUAAGGAAACACUGUCAUUAGAAAAAAAAAAAAAAAAAAACAACAAAAAAAUAAUAAAUACAUGGCCAACUCAACACUAGAAUCAUGAACAUUAGAAGUAGAGAACGGGGAGGGGGAAUAAUUCUGCCACAGUAAGAAGGCAGCUUUCCAACCUGCCGAAAAUAUUUUGUAAUCCCUUCAGCCUUUUGUCACCUUUCAGUGUCGUAUCUCGAUGAUACGUGAAGUGCUGUAGCAUGCAGUAUUUAAAGCAGUUUAGCUACGGUCUUAUUUGUUUCCUUUCUUUUCGUUUUUAUUUUCCCUGUUUUUUUUUCUUUGUUUGUUUUUUUUUUUAAUAGCAUGUAUGGAGUUAUGUUCAAUGUCUGUGGUGUAACGUAUUGAGUUGUCACAAUAUCAGUGCGAUGGAGACAUUCUGCAUUUUAAGCAGCAGUACUGGCCUAAAAAUGAGGUUCUGUCACAGAAGCCACUGUUCUUCUGUACAGCUGAGCUGUCGAAGACCUUUAAAAGCUGAGGAUUUUCAUUUCAGUGCAACAAACAAAUUCUUUCAUUCCUCCUAUUCCUGCGUUUUUAUCUAAGCAAGUUUACAAAGCCAAGAACCAAAAAAAUGCCAGUCCUGCAGAGCUGGAGUCCUCUCUUAAUACUGGUUUUCAGCUUAAAUAAAUCUACCUUGAAACAUAAAAAGGGAGAAUUGCCAAUCUUUGAACAGUAAAUUGAACAGCUCGUUGUGUGUGAGGCGAUCUCCAGUGACAAUGGAACCAAAACCAACUGGGAAUGGGCUCCUGUGGUGGUGGCAGUGGGAUUUUUAACUCCAAGCACAAUUCUGUUUCGGUUUGAGUUCAGUUGUUUUCCUGAAAUGCUAAAGACCAAAUAGUGCAGCUUUGUUUCUGAAUGCAUGAGAAUCUUAAAGUGAAACUGGUUAAUUGGCUCUCACUGAGCAGGCAACAGCAGAAAUGUUUU